AAUCCGCCAACCGGAACAAUCAUUACUGUUGUAAUAUUUAGGUGUUUUUGCAUUAGAAACAUUUCAGUUCCUGUGUCCCAGGUAUGUAUAAAGCAUGUUUGAUAAAACACUUAAUUGGACAUUGAAGUGGUGUGUCCCCAAGGUGAACAGGGAGAAGGAGUUAAGCCUUGUCAUUGCCUCACCUUCGACUCCUCCCAUCAUGUCUCCCACUUCUCUAAAUCUCCUGCCUGAAUAAGAGCAGUGUUGAGAUGUAAUGGAAAGGAAGGGCAUUGGAACAUACGCCCUGCUGUUUACUUUAGCCCUGGUGUCGUAAGUACUGCCAUAAUACUUCAGGCUUGAGGACAGACAGAUCAGGUCUUAUGAGAGUCUUUGUAGGGGUGGACCUUACUGCAGAAACUGCAUGAAUGUUGUGUCAAAUUAACCAAAAUCCAUGCUCACACACAUGUAGCUGCUGAAUCACCACAUCCCAGUCCCUGGAGGUUUCAAACACAAUCUAACCCUAACACUAUCCUUAACACUAUUACUUGAAAGUUUGCCACUUUUCCCUUGAUUUACAUGAAGAUGCUAAACUAUUCUGAAGUAAAGAAAAAAGAGUCAAUAUUAUAUUCUGUCACACACAAUAACACACAUCACACAGCACAUACAGAAUGAUGAUGAUGUAUAUUCUUGAGAAUAAUUGCUAAUAUUUUACAUAUUCUUUUCCCAGGUAUGAUACAGCGGAUUGUGUUCCUGUCCAUGUGCCUGAGCAUCAUCUCAGCAACUUUUGACUAUGUUUAUGACGAGCAUUCUCUCAUGGAUCCAGAAGACGUGCUAUCUGUUGCUAUCCCUCUUGUGGGGACACAGCAACCUCUAUUGGGAGGAACAAUGAUACUACCAUGUUUCUUUAAGGACAACACUGUUCCAGAUCCUGGAGCACCCACCAUCGCUCCACUGUCUCAUCGCAUUAAAUGGAGCCAUGUCACCAAAGAAAAGGUUACUACCAUCCUUGUGGCCUUGGAAGGACAAGUGCGUAUCACAGAGAAGUACCUGGACAGAGUUCAUCUGUUGGGUUACCCCAAAACCCCAACAGACGCUGGCAUCCAAUUAUCUGAGCUGCGGUCCAGUGACACAGGGGCGUAUCGCUGUGAGGUUCAACAUGGUAUUGAGGAUAACCACGGCAUUGUCCACGUGCAGGUUCAAGGUAUUGUAUUCCACUACAGGCCCAUCAUGGGACGCUAUACUCUGACUUUUAAAAACGCGCAGGCAGCGUGUGCCCAAAACAGUGCAGUCAUGGCUUCACCUGGACAGCUCCAAGCAGCCUAUGAUGAUGGUUUCCACCAGUGUGAUGCUGGUUGGCUCACUGAUCAAACCGUCAGGUACCCAAUCCAUGAUCCUCGUGUAAACUGCUACGGUGACAAAGAGCAUGUGCCAGGCAUCAGGACAUAUGGAGUGAGAGAUCUUAAUGAGACAUAUGAUGUCUACUGCUUUGCAGAGAAGAUGACAGGCAGAGUUUUCUACACUGCAUCUGCAGAGAAGUUUAGUUUCUUUGAAGCUACAGUGGCAUGUUCCAAACACGGUGCUCAGCUGGCUACCACUGGUCAACUCUAUCUGGCCUGGCAAGGUGGGAUGGAUGUCUGUAAUGCUGGCUGGUUGAGGGAUAGGAGUGUUCGCUAUCCUAUCAACAUUCCCAGGCCACAGUGUGGAGGGGGUCUCCUGGGAGUGAGGACGGUUUAUCUCCACACAAAUCAGACUGGAUAUCCAUUACCUGAGUCCCGCUAUGACUGUUUUUGCUACACAGAGUCUCCUGAUGAGGAAGGUUCAGGCGCUGUAGAAGAAGGCAGUGGUAUGCUGAGUGUUACUACAGUGACACAGAGCGCAGACGUGUUCCUCAGGAGAACAACAACAGAGAGUGAAGCUGUGGGGCAGCUGGAGACUCAGCGACCAACUGCUGUGGACUUCACUUACACAGACAGCCCCACUGAACUGCCACUACCCCAACCACCUGAGGCCACGGAGCUGAUCACGGACCAGUUAGAGUCAGUCACUGCUCAGCCUGAUGUAGGCAGGGAGCCCAGCAGAGGCUCUGUAGUACCUGCAACAGUACAUCUGUCACGUGUUGUUUGUUCUUUACAAUUGUCCUUAUUAAAUAUUUUUCUAGUUACUCCCACCGUUGCUUAUCCAACUCCUGUUGAAACAUCAGGCUCUGGUUCAGGCUCCGGUUCAGGCUCCGGAGACCAAGCAACCUCUGGCUCUGGAGACACUUCAGGCUCUGGAGAUACCUCAGGCUCUGGAGAUACCUCAGGCUCUGGAGAUACCUCAGGCUCUGGAGACACCUCAGGCUCUGGAGACACCUCUGGCUCUGGAGAUACCUCAGGCUCUGGAGAUACCUCUGGCUCUGGAGACCAAAUAACCUCUGGAUCUGUAGACCACAUGACCUCGGGAGACACUUCUGCCUCUGGAGAACAACUUAGCUCUGGAGACCUCUCUGGCUCUGGAGAGGAAAUCACCUCUGGAGAUGUCUCUGGCUCUGGAGAGCAGGUUAAUUCUGGAGAUUUCUCUGGAUCAGGUGACCUUACUGGUAGUGCAAGUGCUGACCUGUCCUUUGGAGGAUCAGGUCUCAGUAGUGUUGUCUCUUCAGGGUCAGGUGGUAGUGGAGAAGAAUCUGAAAUUUCUGUAACUUUUUCGGGCUCUGAAGGACUUGUUUCUGGAGACAGUCUGUUUUCAGGCAACAUUCAGGAAGCUGGAGAAGGAAGCACAGAAAUUCUAAUCUUUCCUGUAUCUGAGACAGGGUCUGGAGGUCUCAGUGGUAGCGGGGAUCAGACUGGAUCUGGUUUCAGCUCUACCGAUAGAGACUAUUUUCCAGACGGAUCAGGAGGAAGUGGACAGUUCUCUGGCAUGAAUUCUGGUUUUGUUACAGAGCAGGAGUUCUCUGGCUUCAGUGGCUUUCCAUCUGGAUUAUUCUCUGGAAGUGCUAGUGGAUACUCAGGGGAAUUUUCGGGGAGUGGAGACACUCACAUUUUACUGAUAGAUGGUGACCUGGUUGAUACACCAACUCAAAUUCCCAACAAAGAAUAUGAGCUCAGUGGGGACCUUAUGCAGAGCGGCUCAGGAUACACCUUCAAUGGUGAUCACAGUGGCUCAGCUUCUGGAAGUACCUCAGGUUUCUUUUCUGGAAUCACAUUUGUGGGAUCUGGUUUCACUCAGCUUGUAUCAUCGUCUUCUGGAGAAGAAGAGGCUUCUGGGAUUUUACAUUACAGUUCUGGACAUGGAAGUGGUGAUUAUUUAUCUGGAUUUGGAAGCUUUACUUUCAUCUCUGGAUCUGGAUCUGGCUCUGGAUCAGACAUGUCUGGAUCAGAAUCCUCUGCAAGUGGACAAGUAGGUAGUGUAUCAUUCCUGAGUGGUGAUUUCAUGAAGGAAACAUCUGGAGACACUGCACCAAUUAUAGAAGAGGGACUGGGGUCAGUGGCGUACAGUGGAGAGGGCAGCAGUGGCAGCAGUACCAGUGGCAGCAGUGGCACCAGUGGCAGCAGUGGCACCAGUGGCGUGGCGCUGCCCUCUCCAUUUAGUGAUAUGACAGUUACAGAGAGCACUUCAGAGGAGAUUCUUAUCACCAGUGCAUCACAGAACCCUGAACAUUUCUAUGUGACACCUGGGCCUGCACUUGCCCCAGCGGGACUAGCUGCUCCUAGUGGUGAUGUUGCACUAACACCAGUAGGAACACUGGGAAUCAUGGGACAAGGAGAGGCAGUGACAGAGGUAGAUGUGUGCCACUCCAAUCCUUGUGCCAAUGGAGCCACCUGUGUGGAGAGUGCAGACUCUUACAAAUGCUUAUGCCUGCCCAGCUACGGAGGGGAACAUUGUGAGAUUGACGAGCAGCAGUGUGAAGAUGGUUGGACUAAGUUUCAGGGGAGCUGCUACCUCCACUUCAUUGACAGAGAGGUGUGGGUGGAUGCAGAGAAUCGCUGCAGGGAUCUGAGUGCUCACCUGGUCAGCAUUGUUACUCCAGAGGAGCAAGAUUUUGUAAAUUCAAACGCUCAAGACUAUCAGUGGAUUGGGCUGAAUGAUAAGACAGUGCAAAACGAUUUCCGCUGGACAGAUGGCACACCUUUGCAAUAUGAGAACUGGAGACCAAAUCAACCAGACAAUUACUUUCAUUCUGGAGAAGACUGUGUUGUGAUGAUCUGGCAUGAAAAUGGACAGUGGAAUGAUGUGCCCUGUAAUUACCACCUACCAUUCACCUGCAAAAAAGGUCCAGUGUCUUGUGGUUCACCGCCAGUAGUGGACAAUGCCCACAUGUUUGGUAACAAGAGAGAUGAGUACCCAGUCAACUACAUAAUCCGAUAUCAAUGUAACUCAGGAUUUAAACAGCGCCAUCCACCAGUCAUUCGCUGCAGAGCAGAUGGCCAGUGGGAGAAGCCCCAAGUGGAGUGUAUAAAUGGUGAGUGUGCUCUCUGUGACACCAUGUUACAAACAAAUAUUUGUGAAAAUCGCAUUUUAUGAGUCACUAUUCUCAUUCAUCCCUUGGUGCAGAAAAAAGAUUAUGGCGAAGAAAAACCAGGAGUUCAGGAUCCAGUCACAGGUUUACCUGAGAAGAAAAAGAAGAAUCUAUUCUUUUUUUAAAUGAAUAACAUAGAGGGUAUGAAUAAAAAAAAAAUCAUCUUUUGUGGACAUUAUUCAGAAGGUUACAGUGCAGAGAGCACCAAGUGAAAAGUUCAGCACUAAGGUAAAGCAUUCUGUUUUUCUCCACCUGCAAAUACUAAAAAAAAAAACAUUUUAGUUCAUUAUGAUAUGAAACUGUAAAAGAUGAAAAUGAAAAGAACUUGCCCUCUGCAAUUUUUUGUUGCAAAUAUAUUUUGUGGCAUUUAAAUGAAACACUAGAAAAAACACAUUUGGAAUUUCAAUAGAAAAAAAAACUUGCACUUGGUUUAGUUUGAGAAGAUUAAAAUAAGAAGUAAAAUCUGAGGAAAAUAUUUUUAUUUUCCUAAAGUCAUUUCUGUGACAGGUUUAGUCUUACUGUUGUACCUCAGAACACAGCGGCCCAUUUCCCUUUUCUCUGAUGCAUCUGCUGUUACUUGAAAAGUGACCAUAAUUAAUUAAUUUGGAUUACGUAUAAUGACGUUUUAUCAGGCACAAAUAUGGAUGGAUGGAUGGAUUAAGUGGGGUGCCAUGAGACUAUUUAUCAAAUCAAAUUUGUGCAGAGGUCUACACAAACAUCAUGUACACGAAUUUACAAGUAAUUCUUAUUUUGUUGUUCUUAUAUGUUGCUAUUAUUACUAUUAUUGUUUUUAUUAAGUGUGGUUUUAUUGCACAUUUUAUCCAGUACCAUGUGAAAAAAAAAACACACAAAAAAUAGGUAAUAUAUUAUUUAAAUGUAAAGACAGCACACAAAGGAUUUUUGUGUGGUGAGCCUAAAACUAAUUAUUUAUUGAUUUUUCACAGUGUCAUUGUCUUGAUGGCAGAAUAAAUCAUUAAUCACAAGGUCAAGAUGCAAAGUGCAGCAUGCAGUCAACGGUAUAUUAGAUUUAACAGGUUACUGAUACACAUUAUACCAGCAGUGUAACUCAUAGUUUGUUAAUUCUGUGUUUAGGUCACGUCUCCUUUUACCAGACUGUGCAGGACAUAGUGUUUAUGUGAAGCAAUAAACCUGAAAUUGAACAGAUUAUUUUUGUAACCUCAGAAGUAAUCAUGGUGCACACGGACGGUAUGAACAUCCUUAUUUUCUCUCUUUACUUGUUUUGUUUCAUUCACUGUUGCGGGGGCUGUGCCUCCAUCAAGCUUACUGUGUCUAUUCCAUAAUAAACCAAGUUCUCUUGCUUCAGAUUAAAAGUUGUUUAAUCAUAUGCUAU